CUGACUUUUCUCUCGAUCCAUUGACGUAUUAUACGGCAAAUACACAGAAUUACAGAAACGCAUCUACGUCGCGAAGUGACGUCCAGUCUCGUCAAAGCCGGGCGGAGGUGGCUACUUGGGUCAGUGUUGUUCUCAGACGGUAAUUAAUACCACGAUAAGUUUUACCCCGCUUUGAGGCACGAUCUUGGGACCAACGCUACGUAGUCGGCGUCGAUAAAACACGUUAAAAUGACGGAAGCCGAAAACAUCUUUAUGUUUGUGCCAAACAUUAUUGGUUACGGGAGGGUGAUUCUGGCCUUGAUAUCAUUCUAUUUUAUGCCAACAAACCACAUAAUUGCAUCAUGGUGCUAUAUAAUCAGUGGAUUAUUAGACGCAGUAGACGGUCAUGCGGCAAGAUAUUUCAAUCAGAGCACAAGGUUUGGUGCAAUUUUGGACCAACUGACUGAUCGUGUUGGCACCAUGUGCCUCUGCGUAACACUGAGCCAAUUUUAUCCAGCUUAUACAUUUUGGUUUCAACUAAGCAUGGCCAUCGACAUUGCCUGCCACUGGAUUUACUUGCACACGACGCUAUUGCAAGGAAAAACGAGUCAUAAAUUUAUAGAUAUGUCUGAAAAUCCCAUAAUGCGUGUUUACUACACAAAUCGUCAGGUUCUUUUCUUUAUGUGCGCUGGAAACGAGGCAUUUUAUGCCGCUCUGUACCUUCUGCAUUUCACAGAAGGACCCAUAUUGGCUGGUAUAAAUAUAUUCAGAGCGGUUCUCUACGUCUCAGCCCCAAUUGCAAUAGUGAAGUCUCUGAUCUCUGUUUUGCAUGGGUAUGUGGCAUGCAUUAAUCUGAGUAUUAUCGAUGUGAAAGAGCGAGAGGCACUGCGCAAAGCGCACUAAUUUUCCUUCCAUCCUUACCCUGGUACUAGUCAGUCAAGGAAUCUAGCUUUAAUGACCUGUCUCUCAAAACAAAGAGGAUGAAUUCCCGCUGAUUUUUCAUUAUCUUCCUCGUUAUAAUUACCAUGUGGUUAAAUACAUUAUACAGAUAUGUCUGUUCGUGGUAACUGUCUAUAAAGUUCGAAGGAUAAAAACUUGUUACCCGAUGUGAACAAAAUAGAGUGAUAGGUGGCAGUGUUGUGUUCGAACUUUGAACUCGACAUUGACAACACAUGAUAAAAUUAACGAACCGAAAUCAAUCGAUAUGUUUAUAAUAUAUAUAUAUUAAUAAAUGUUAUCAAUUGUAAUUGAGUGGCAUUGACUUUGAUGUAUGACUUAUUUUAACGCAUGUUGUUACAAAUCAAAUUUUACAGUUUCAAAUACUGUAUACGUGGCUGUAUUUUCUUUUGUUAACCUUGUUUUUACUCCAAGAUUAAGAAGAUCCUGGUAUCAUGCAUGAACGGACGAUCAUCAAUUGACCAUCGUCUACUAUAUGUUGGCAUGUUAAUUCAAACAUGAGUAUCUAAUGUUAUUGUUUCAUAGCAUCUUAAUAUAUGUGUAAGUCUAGUCAAUUUAUUUCCAUUUAUUAUUAGUAUAUCGUUUAUACCUGUGCACAGAAUGUACAAGCUGUAUUCAAAGAUUUAGUUACAACUCUGUUACAUUGAAGAACGAUAUUGUUGGUCAUCUUUGUGCAAAAUUACAAAUAUUACAAGAAUAAAGUAUCAAAACAAU